GGGCCUCGCUGGGGAGCGAGACACCCCUUAACUAGUCAAAAUGGGUAAAGUACCCAGUCGAUAGCAAAACAAAGCAUAACAAUACGGUAUAAAUCCACCUCUGAACUUUAACGAUAAGAUACUAUAAAUUACAGAAUAGUUCUCAGUAUGAUACAAACGAGCAUUGAAAGGUAACACUGCUUAACUGUGGUCCACUCAAACGUAGACUCGAGGGUUGUUCAAAAUGGUGAAAAUUGUGGUCUUGGGCGCUGGUGUGAUCGGCGUGGCGUCUGCAGUUAAAAUAAAGGAGAAGUAUAAGGAUUGUGAAGUGGUGUUGAUGUCAAGCGAAUUUUCCCCGAACACCACUGGAGACGGUUCGGGUGGUCUAUGGUACCCAUACCUUUGUGGAGACACGCCCACCGAACUUAUCGAGAAAUGGGGAAUAGAAACCUACGAAUUCCUUCAAGAUUUAUGGCGAACAGCAGGCAUCGGCGUCUGCAUGAUACCUAUCUACAGUUUCUAUAGAAACAAGGAGUCGUUCAGUAGACCUGACUGGAGGGAUAUGGUGCAAGAAUACCAUGAGCUCGAUGAUAAGCAGCUGGAGUUCUAUAAUCGGAUGUAUUCUGCUAAAUAUGCAGCCGGCCUAACCUUCAAAACAUUCGUGAUAUCCCCACCAGUCUUACUCACAUACCUUACCAAGAGAUUCGAGCGAGCGGGCGGGACUCUUGUCCAAGCAAAGUUGACAUCACUUCAGGACCCAAUACUGGACGGUUUUGAUGUGGUGGUGAACUGCACUGGUCUGGGAGCCAGGGUGCUCGUGCCUGAUGAUAGAGUCGUGCCUGUUAGGGGACAGAUUGCCAAAGUGAAAGCUCCGUGGAUCAAAGAAGCCGUCAUCGAUCACGAAGGUGGUAACUACCUAAUACCCAAUGCGGACACGUGCGUGUUGGGCGGCACACAUCAGAAUGACUUCAGCACGGAAAUUUACCCUGAAGACACGGAGUUUAUUAUGGAGGGAUGUAAGAAGAUGAUGCCUGGGCUUGAACAUGCAGAAUUAGUAAGUCACUGGGCAGGCUUGAGGCCGGGACGAGAUGCAAUCCGACUGGAACCAGAGCACAAGAAUGGAAAACUCUACAUACAUAACUAUGGACAUGGUGGAAGUGGUUUCACCCUAUGUUGGGGAUGCGGAGAAGAAGUGUUACAAAUAUUACAAAAAGAAUUACACAAAAACAAAAGUUUAUGCAGAAAUUCAAAACUUUAAUAAACAUAUUACAGUAACACCAACAUAUAAAAUAGUAACAUUUAAUAUAUUAAAUAGAAAUACAUAAUAAACUUAUAUUAAUACAAUAAAAUAUUAAUUGUACUAAUUGUU